AUGAGUCUUGAAGUACUUGCCGAACAAAAACGAUUACAACAAACGACACCAUUAUUCAAUGCUGAACUUAUUAAUAAAUAUUCAAAAUAUAUUAAAACAAUUGGAAAACGUGUUGUUGAAGUUGAAUUUUGUUGGUUUCAAGCAAAUCCAUGUCAAAGUUUUCAAUUACGAAUGACUGAAAAACAAUUUAUUGAAGCACAAAAAUAUAUUUCUUCAAAAAAAUUACUUAAUAUGAAUUUUGAACAAUUUAUUGAUUUAAUUGCUCCUGUAUUUGCUAAUAAUGCAGCUGAAAUAAAUGAUUUUAUAUUACGUUCAACAUUUGAUUGUUUAUUUGAUCAAAAUUCAAAUGGUACAAUUGAACAAGAAGAAUUUGAUUCACUUUUAAUAUUACUUAAAGCAUUUAAUACAAAUGAAAAUGAUUUUGAAAAAAAAAUUUUAUUAUAUGAACAUCUUCGACAAACAUUUACUAAUCGUAAUAAUCAUAUUUCAUUUAAAGAAUUCAAUGAAUUUGUUAAAUGUGGUUAUGUUCGAGAAUUAUUAAUGAAUUAA